AUGUCUUUACCCAUUGGUUCAACUUCUUCCCCGCGUAAUAAUGAUAUUAGACAAGUAUCUAUGUCAUCUCACAAAUUAGCAUACAAUCAAAGAUACAUGACACAGCAUAAUAAAGAAUAUCCAUUGUAUACAUCAUUAUCAGGAAGUUCUUUAAAAAGUAAUUUCAACAACAAAACUACUUAUAGACCAUCAUCUUCUUCUUUUACAAAUAAACCCGCCAAUUUACAACCCUCGGGUUUAAAAUAUAUGUUUCGCACUGGAAAAGAGCUGUCUAGUAUUGAUAAAAUAAACGAUCCAAGCAUUAACACGUUGGUGGUUGCAGGGAAAAACCAUUUAGGGUUAUACAGAUUUGACAAUAGCAACAGUAACAAUGAUGGCAAUGAUUACGGCGGUUUUAAAAUUCAUAAAGUUAAAGAUUUGUUAAACAACGCUUCCCCUUCUACUUCUUACCCUAUCAAAAAACCUUCCUUAGUUCAGAAAAAAUCAAAUAAGAUAUUGAUUAGUACAAUAUCUGAUGUUAAAGCCGGAUUUGGAAACUAUUCAAAUUACGUAGCAAUCUCAGGAACAUCAACAACUGUUUCUCUUUAUGACAUUAAAAGAUCAGAUGUGGGACCUAUUGCCUCCUUGAAUGAACAUACACGGUCUAUUAAUAGUGUUGAUUUCCAUAUGGGAAUCGAACAAAAUAAUCUGUUUUUAAGUGGCGGACAAGAUGGGUGUGUUAAAAUUUGGGAUUUAAGAAAGGUUUCACUUAAUAGUAACACGGGCAUAAGUAGCAGUCGAAAAUCAGAUAUAAAUAUACAGACAUAUUCGGAAUCUAUCAGAGAUGUGAAAUGGGCACCCAUUUGGGGAAACAAUGCUUUUUCAACUUCGCCAUUACCCUUUGUUUCUCCACAAUCUAUUGUUGGAUCAACUCCUGCCACCACAUCAGUGAAUAUGAAUAACACAAAUAAUAUGAUUACUGGGGCCUUGGAUCCCACAAGCAGCGCAUUACACAACAGAACCAACCAUCAAAACCUAAAUCAUGUCAGUAACAAUAGCAAUGGUUACACUUUUGCCUCUAUUCAUGACUCCGGUUUAUUGUUAAAAUAUGACAUAAGAUAUCCAUCGCAACCAGAGAAAAAAAUCAAUGCUCAUUCGGGUCCUGGUUUAUGUAUGCACUGGCAUCCAAAUUCUGAUUUUAUUAUCACGGGGGGUAGGGAUGGGAAAUUGUGUUUGUGGUACGUGGGGGAUGGUGGGAAUACACAUUUUUCGUUCCCGGAUCAAGUGGUGAAUGUUGGAGUUCCAAUCCUCAAGUUGAAAUUUCAACCGGUUUAUGUAAGUUCGCAUAACGUUAUAGAUUCUCUAUUUGCAACCAGUUCUAUGGGCGAAGACUCUAAUGUAUCAACUUUUUCUUUGGCCAGAAAGUAUAUUCCUAGAAAUGUGUUAUCCUCAAAUGCCACUUCGUUAGGGUUUGUCUGGUGGGAUGAAAACACAAUUUUUAAUAUUGACAAACGGAACAAUAUCAAUGGGUGGGAUCUUACAAGGGCACCUAUCCAAUUAAACAACUUGAAGAAAAAUGCUUUAAUGUGGAGAGAUAUUGAAGGUGAUGGUCUUGUAUUUGUGGAUCAAAAUAUUGGUGGUUAUCACGUUCCAAAUACUGCGACUAAUGGUACUCCUAAUGGCGUAGACAAUGAAAUUCUUACCUCUUCUUUGUAUAACAAUAAUCAUGGUGGCAAAGAAGGUAUCUCUAAUUCCUUUUCGCCAUCUUCGUCGUCUGCAUCUUCUAACCACAGGCUAAGUAAUGCAACAAUGAACACGUUAUUUAGAACAAGAUCCCACAAGGGCAGUGCAAGAAGCCCAUCGUUCCAAGGUGUAAAUAUGGGCUCAACAUCAGCUCCAUUUGCCAGUAUAAAAAAUUCUAUUGAUUUCCAGUCGCAACAGCAUUCUGGUAGACCUUCUUUUAUUAAAUCAUUUACGUCAUCUACUUUAAACAAGUAUUCAAAUUCUGUAGCAAACCCUCCCAGCAACAAUUCCAUCCACGGGGUUCAUCCGCACCAAGCAUCUGUAGUGUCCUUUCAAUCCUCCAAUGGUGCAAGUGAUGAUUAUCCUAUUGCUAGCUUUAUAUCGCCAAAGAUUUUGCCACUAGAUUUACCCUAUAUUUUCAACAGCAUAAGAAUAAGAACCAGGCCUCCAAAAAGCACUGUGGAUGAAGAGUCACAAGCAUUGAAGGAGUCCCCCACUGAAGUUUUCAAGUUUUUGUCUAGAGAACUAAAAUUUUCUAAAUUAGAGGACAAAGAUCAAUUAAAAUUUCAGCAGGGGGGCGGUUCUGGUACUGCAAUCACUGGGGACUCUAACAAUGUACAAGAUGAUCGAGGCACUACUGAUAGUGAUGUUGAUAGAUUGAAAUUAAUGAAUAAAUUGGGAAUUUCGAAUAGUUGGUUGACUGAUAUUAAACAAGAUGACAAUCCUGUUGAUGGUGUUGCUGCUGACAACACUAACGGCCAUCCUGAUAAUAAGUUUGUGAAAGUAGACACUGAUAAUAGAAUCAUAGUCGAUAAUGGAAAGUUUGUUAAAAAUCAGAACAACAUAGCCAAUAACAAAACUGAUAUCGACAUUAACAAUCCUACGGAUAAAGAUAAAUAUAAUAAAAAUAAGACCGAAUUGUCUAACUACAAAAAAUCAAGCAAUGCUUUUUCAGUGGAACCUGAAAAAGAUGUUAAAAAAUCGAUAAAUGAAAAAAGGAGAGAAACAUAUACGAAUAGGAUGGAUAAGGAGGAAACAGAGCUUGCAGCACUAAAAGGCCAAAUAAGUGAUUUAUUAGAACUUAUAGGCAUAUGUGACCACAAUGCGGAAACCUAUUUGUACAUUGAUGAUUUAAUGAAUUUCAAGAUAUGGAUUUUAGUAAGAGAUUCUUUGUUGUGGAAGAUUGAAAGGUUGACCUCAAAGGAAAAGAAGCUUUCUCAAGAGGUGAAUGCUCGUAAUAAAUCGAAGAGCAAUAAGCACGGUAAUGGAAUAGAAGAAUAUGAUGAAAGAACAGCUAGUUUUACUGAUAGUUUGCGUUCUAGUAAAAUUGAUUCUAUUGAUUAUGAGUAUUCUCGGCCAACAGGCAUAACCAGUGAAUCACUUAGCGAGUUGAGACAAAGAAUGGAAAUCAGUACAACCGAUGCCUUGUUAGAAAAUGAGAACGUAAUAAGUGAAGAGGAUGAUGAUGAUGACGUUGUUGCUGAUAAUGAUGAAGAGGAUGAUAAAAAUGAGAAACAACAACCACUAAAAGAUUCUGCAAUAAGACCGUUGGGUAAUGGGGGUAAAGGGGUUACUAAAGAGAUGUUAAAGCCCAGGCAUGACUCUGAACAGGUGGACACGCGACAACGGCGUCGUUCAAGAACAUCUUUUAUUGAUACAUUUAUGACGAAUUUAAGAUCACCUGGCAAGUUUGAUUCCGAUAACGAAAUAUCUGAAUCGAGUGUGAAAAAAAAUGGAUCUUUUGCAUCAGGUAUAUCGCCAAGUUCGUUAUUGUUAGAACAACAGCCAUUGUAUAAGGAGCGACGUUCAUCAUCUUCCAACUCGUUAUCGAUAGCUCAGUUUGAUUAUUUUAAAAAAGACUAUAGUAAAUUAAAGACUAAUGUUGGCGGGAAACUUAGUGCUUUGUCUGAAGCUGGUUCUAAUGGUGUUUCCAAUGUUUCUCAAAAUUAUGUACCAUGGGCUCCAGAAGUUUUAAUUAAGCAAGUCUACCAGCAAGCAGUUGAGACGGGUAAUAUUUUAGUUUCUGUCAGUUUAAUUUUGUUAUUUCAAAAUGAUUUCCAUAUAACCACACAAAGAGUUGCCAAAAACGCACUUUAUGAGUUUAUGAAUAUAUUACACAAGUAUGAGCUAUUUGAAGUUUGUGCAGAAUUAUUGAAAUACUGUCCGUGGGGCGAGGAGUUGACGUUAAUUCCUAAUCAAGAUUAUGCAGGUAACAGUGAAGGUGUCGGUAGGGAUAGUACUAGUGCUGAUAUGGAUGGUGGCAUAACUAAUGCGACCUCCGUUAUUAACACCCAUAGUAGCACAAACGGUGGCGAUGGCAGCGGUAAAAGUGCCAGUACCAAUGAUGAUAAAAGUGGGACAAAUGGUAGUAUUGGUCAGUCCACAAUAUGCAUUUACUGUAACAAGUGUGGUAAAUUGCUUGUUAAUGAAAAAAGUAAAGAAAAGUAUUUACUUAGGAAUAAUAAACGAACAAGUCAUGGGAAAACUUCCAUUUUGGAUAAAUUUGGGUAUUGGUACUGUGAAAACUGUAAGAAACCAAAUACAUUAUGUUGUUUUUGUGAAAAACCAAUGGAGAAAAUGUGUACUGGGAUUUUAAGUUGUGGACAUUUAGGUCACCAAUCAUGUUUUAAAGAAUGGUUUAUUACAGAAGAAAUGACACAAUGUCCUAAGGGAUGUCCAUGGCAAUUGAUUACCUUUUAA